CUCUGUGGUCCCUGCUGAUCUGCACACAGAAACAUGCCUUGACCCAAUGUGCACUUUCACGUUACAGGAAUGGUUGGAAUUUUGCGGACUGCAGACGUUCUGGAUCGUUUGGACUAAUUUUCCCAAUGAGAUGCGCCUGAGCCAUGGAAUUACCAGUGGUAUGGAUGUGCUUUGGAUUACUUAUUUAUCUCCCACCGUCUGGAUGCUUGGAUUUACAUCUAUCGGGAUCCCUCCAGGCUGGUGCAACACUGGCAAAUGUAUCAGUCGGACCAGAAUGGACGUACAGAAUCGACAGAAGUCUCACAGACAAGUCUUUACGGCACUUUCUGAAGAUCGGGAGAAGUGAUGGGCUGCUAUCAGUCGGGCGCAAAGUUGACUGCACUCGUUUGCCGAAAAAUCCCGUGCCACUGUAUUUGCGGAUUAAAUCACUGCUUUCUGAAAACUUCAUCCUACUUCAUUUCAAUACAUUCGUGCAUGGUCAGAACUGCUUCAUCAAAUACAAAAGAAAAAACCUCAAUCCAGAUGUGUAUAUGUAUCUGUUGACUGAGUAUGAGACCUGUUUUUCUUUAGACUCCUUACCUAUAAACAUUUACGAACGUUUACCUGUAUCUAUGCGGAAUUCCCAAAUGUUUCGCGGUAGGUGCGUGGAGAAAGACAAGCGGCGUGUUAUUUCCCUAAAGAGCGCGAAUAUCUGUUUACCUCAUAAGCAGCGAGAUGAGGCAAAUUUGCUUUGUUUAAUGCCUAACUCACUAAAUAGCUCUUUGUUUGUAGAUGUUAAGUUGCAUCUAAGCAGAGAACACCCUGGAAGUGAUUUAGACCCGUGGGCUAAACGUCAAAAAAGAAACGUUAACUCCGCUCCUCAGUUUCAACUCCCAAACUACCAGGUAUCAGUGCCCGAGAACGAGCCUUCGGGAACGCGUGUCAUUACCCUCAAAGCGUUCGACGCAGAUGACGGAGACGCUGGUGUUAUCGAAUACGAUAUGGAAGCUCUUUUUGACAGCCGUUCUAACAAUUUAUUUCAAAUUAACCCUGAGACGGGCGGUAUAACUACUCUACAAUCUCUAGACAGAGAAGUCAAAGACACUCAUGUGUUUAAAGUUACUGCUACUGAUAGGGGAACCCCUAAAAGAUCAGCUGUCGCACACCUCACGAUCACAGUCAGUGAUACUAACGACCACACGCCCGUUUUUGAACAAAAUGAGUAUAGGGUUAGUAUUCGAGAAAAUGUUGAAGUAGGCUUUGAAGUGAUGACUAUUAGGGCUACAGAUGGAGAUGCGCCUUCUAAUGCUAAUAUGAUUUAUAAGAUUGUGAAUGAAGAUGAGGUGAACACUUACUUUGAAAUUGAUCCAAGGAAUGGGUUGGUCAAAACCAGAGUCAGACCUGACAGAGAAGUCAAAUCGCAGUAUAGGCUUUUUGUCGAAGCUAACGACCAGGGCAGAGAGCCUGGUCCACGUACCGCCACAGCCACAGUGCACAUUUUUAUAGAGGACGAGAACGAUAACUACCCUCAGUUUAGUGAGAAGCGAUAUGUUGUUCAGGUUCCUGAAAAUGUAGCUGUGAACUCUCAAGUGGCUGUGGUGAAGGCUACAGAUAGAGAUGCUGGAAAUAAUGCGAAAGUGCAUUACAGCAUCAUAAAUGGGAAUAUAAAGGGCCAGUUUUACAUACACUCCCCUACGGGAGUUAUUGAUGUUAUUAGCCCUUUAGAUUAUGAGAUGAUAAGAGAAUACACACUCCGUGUGAAAGCUCAAGAUGGAGGACGGCCACCUCUUAUUAAUGGCACAGGUAUGGUUGUAAUCCAAGUGUUAGAUGUUAAUGACAAUGCACCCAUGUUUGUCAGCACACCUUUUCAAGCCUCAGUGUUAGAAAAUGUUCCUGUAGGUUACUCUGUGUUACACAUCCAAGCUAUCGAUGCUGAUUCAGGUGACAAUGCUCAUUUGGAAUACAAGCUGACCGAUACAUCACCUAGUUUUCCGUUUAUUAUCAAUAACAACACCGGAUGGAUUACGGUUAGUGCUGAGCUGGACAGGGAGACUACAGAGUUUUACAAUUUCGGUGUAGAGGCCAGAGACCGCGGGGUUCCUACAAUGUCAUCUUCAGCUAGUGUAAGUGUCACGAUACUAGAUGUAAACGACAAUGUCCCAACUUUCACACAGCACUCAUAUAACCUAAAGGUCAAUGAGGAUGCAGUUGUGGGCACCAGUGUGCUUACGGUCACUGCUGUAGACAGGGAUGUAAACAGUGUGGUCACAUACCAAAUAUCUAGUGGGAACACACGGAACAGGUUCGCCAUCACCAGCCAGAGCGGAGGAGGACUUAUUACUUUAGCACUACCGCUGGAUUACAAGCAAGAACGGCAGUAUCUCUUAACAAUUACCGCCUCGGAUGGUACACGCCACGACACGGCUCAAGUCUUCAUUAAUGUGACUGAUGCCAACACCCAUCGCCCAGUAUUUCAAAGUGCCAACUACCAAGUUUUAGUAAGCGAGGACCGGCCCGUAGGCUCCACCGUUGUGGUCAUCAGUGCCACCGAUGAGGACACGGGUGAAAACGCACGUAUUACUUAUGCAAUGGAGGACAAUGUGCCACAGUUCAAGAUUGAUCCUGACACCGGUGCCAUCACAACACAAAUUGAGAUUGACUAUGAAGAUCAGGCCUCCUACACACUAGCCAUCAUAGCCCGAGACAACGGCAUCCCCCAAAAAUCUGACACAACCUAUGUAGAGAUCAUCGUUCUUGAUGCCAACGACAACGCACCCCAGUUCCUCCGGGACAUAUACCAGGGAACAGUGUUUGAAGAUGCACCAGUGUACACUAGUGUUCUCCAGGUGUCCGCUUCAGACAGAGACUCGGGAUCUAACGGUCGACUCAGCUACACCUUUCAGGGAGGGGAUGAUGGUGAAGGGGAUUUUUUCAUUGAGCCUUACUCUGGGAUCAUCAGAACGGCCCGCAAGCUUGACAGGGAAAACGUUGCCUUGUACAGCCUCAAGGCGUUUGCGGUGGACAAAGGAGUGCCCCCUCUCAAAGCCGCUGUGGACAUUCACGUGUCCGUGCUGGACAUAAAUGACAAUGCACCUGUUUUUGAAAAGGACGAAUUGUACUUUUACGUAGAGGAAAACAGUGCAGUAGGAUCCACUCUUGCCCGUGUAAGUGCCACAGACCCAGAUGAAGGUACCAAUGCCCAGAUCCUCUACCAGAUUGUCGAGGGCAAUAUUCCUGAAGUCUUCCAGCUCGACAUCUUUAGUGGAGAUCUAAUUGCCCUCACUGACCUAGACUUUGAGACCAAGAUGGAGUAUGUAAUAGUGGUCCAGGCCACUUCCGCCCCACUUGUCAGCCGGGCCACUGUACACGUCCUCCUAGUAGAUGUCAAUGACAACGUCCCCGUUCUACAAGAUUUUGAGAUCAUUUUCAACAACUACAUCACCAAUAAAUCCAGCAGCUUUCCAACAGGAGUUAUCGGGAAGGUGCCUGCUCGAGAUCCAGAUGUUUCCGACAAGCUCCUCUACACGUUUGUUGAAGGAAAUGAGCUCAACCUGCUGAUUCUCAACCAAGACACUGGGGAGCUAAAGCUGAGCAAGGACUUGGAUAACAACAGGCCACUCGAGGCCACAAUGAGGGUGACGGUUUCAGAUGGACUCCACCAGGUCUCAGCCCUCUGCACCCUACGGGUGACCAUCAUCACGGACGACAUGUUGACGAACAGCAUCACUGUUCGUCUGGAGAACAUGUCUCAAGAGCGUUUCCUCUCCCCCCUGCUGUCACUCUUCACUGAAGGUGUAGCCGCAGUCCUGUCCACCAGUCCUGAUGGCGUCUUCGUCUUCAACGUCCAAAACGACACGGACGUUAGUGGCAGCAUUCUUAAUGUCACUUUCUCUGCCCUGCUUCCGGGUGGAGCUCCGGGACGGUAUUUCCCAUCAGAGGAGCUGCAGGAGCAGCUGUACCUGAAUCGUACAUUGUUGACGCUGAUCUCGACUCAACGUGUCCUGCCAUUUGAUGAUAAUAUCUGUUUACGGGAGCCCUGUGAGAACUACAUGAAGUGUGUAGCUGUUCUGAAGUUUGACAGUACGGCUCCCUUUGUGGCAUCCAACACAGUUCUUUUCAGGCCCAUACACCCUGUGAAUGGGUUACGGUGUCGAUGUCCUGAUGGUUUUACUGGAGAUUAUUGUGAGACAGAAGUGGACCUUUGUUACUCAGGCCCGUGUCAGAAUAAUGGGAAGUGCCGGAGUCGGGAGGGGGGAUACACCUGUGAGUGCCCUCAAGAUUUUACAGGAGAGCGCUGUGAGGUGAACGCACGUUCUGGCCGGUGUGUUCCUGGUGUUUGUAAGAACGGAGGCAGGUGUGUGGACCUGCUGGUGGGAGGUUUCCUGUGCCAGUGUCCUGACGGAGAGUACGAGAAGCCCUAUUGUGAGAUGACCACACGCAGCUUCCCUGGCCAGUCCUUCAUCACCUUCAGAGGCCUGAGGCAAAGAUUCCACUUCACCCUCUCCUUUACGCUUGCUACCAGGGAGAGAAACGCCCUCCUCCUGUAUAAUGGCAGGUUUAAUGAAAGGCAUGAUUUCAUUGCGAUUGAAAUUGUUGAAGAGCAAAUCCAGCUGACCUUCUCUGCUGGUGAAUCUAAAACCACAGUGACUCCUUUUGUAGCUGGUGGGGUUAGUGAUGGACAAUGGCACACAGUACAUCUACAUUACUACAACAAGCCCAAUAUAGGCCGUCUUGGCAUCCCUCACGGCCCCUCAGAGGAAAAGGUUGCUGUGGUUGCUGUCGAUGACUGUGAUGUGGCCAUGGCUCUGCGCUUCGGGGGACAGAUUGGAAACUACAGCUGUGCAGCCCGCGGCACCCAAACAGGCCAAAAAAAAUCACUGGAUCUUACCGGACCUCUGCUCCUGGGUGGCGUCCCAAACCUCCCUGAGGAUUUCCCAGUACAAAACCGAGACUUUGUGGGCUGCAUUAAGAACCUGACUAUUGACAGCAAACCCAUAGACAUGGCCAGCUUUAUCUCCAACAAUGGCACCUCAGCAGGUUGUGCAGCAAAACAUGACUUCUGUAGCCAGGUUGUUUGUCAUAAUGGAGGCGUAUGUGUGAAUAGAUGGAACACCCACACUUGUAACUGUCCAUUAGGCUAUGGAGGAAAGAACUGUGAACAUGUUAUGCCUGCUCCCCUGCAUUUCGAUGGCCACGCGCUGGUGUCAUGGAGUGAGACGGAUAUCACCAUUGCCAUUCCCUGGUACAUGGGUCUUAUGUUUCGCACCCGCAAAAGCACAGGCGUUCUACUACAAGCCAGUGCUGGAGAGUUUUCAAAGAUUAGUCUUAUGGUGAACAACAGACACCUUCGGUUCCAGGUGUUUCUGGGUGUCAGACGUGUGGCGCUCUUAGAUUUUCCUCAGGUAUGCGUGGAUAACGGUGAAUGGCACCAUGUGCUCGUCGAGCUCAAGAGUGGAAAAGAUGGCAAAGACAUUAAAUAUAUGGCUCUCGUGUCUUUGGACUAUGGCAUGUUUCAGAGGACAGUGGAGAUCGGUAAUGAGCUGCCUGGGCUUAAACUGAGAAACUUGUUUAUCGGUGGACUGCUUAAGAAAGAUGACACAGUGCAGGCUGGAUUUACUGGCUGCAUGCAGGGUGUCCGAAUGGGCGAGACCUCCACCAACACUGCCAACAUCAACAUACGGCAUGCGUCGCGAAUCCGUGUGAAAGACGGAUGUAACGUACCUGAUGCGUGUCAGUCCAACCUGUGUCCAUCUCACAGUCGCUGCACAGACAACUGGGCGUCACACACGUGUGUCUGCGAGUCAGGUUAUUUUGGCAGGGACUGUGUGGAUGCGUGCCUCUUGAACCCCUGUGAAUACACUUCCUCCUGUGUUCGUAAACCCAGCACCAAACGUGGCUACAGCUGUGAGUGUGGACACAAUUACUACGGACAAUACUGUGAGCACAAAGGGGACCAACCAUGUGCUCGCGGCUGGUGGGGAUACCCGACCUGCGGGCCCUGUAACUGCGAUGUCAGCAAAGGCUUCAAAAGGGACUGUAAUAAAACCACAGGAGAGUGUAGCUGCAAGGACAAUUACUUUCGGCCUCUGGGUGCAGACACUUGCUAUCCGUGCGAUUGCUUUCACCUUGGAGCGCAUUCCCGGACAUGUGACCCUGUAACAGGCCAGUGCCCCUGUAAGAUGGGAGUGGUGGGUCGUCAGUGCAACCGUUGUGACAACCCCUUCGCAGAGGUGACAGUCGGGGGAUGUGUAGUGGUUUAUGACGGUUGUCCCAAAGCCUUUGAAGACGGUAUCUGGUGGCCCCGCACCAUGUUUGGAGGUCCUGCAGCCACAAACUGCCCCAAAGGAUCCAGUGGCACAGCAAUCCGUCAUUGCAGCGAUGAUAAAGGUUGGUUUCCACCUGAGCUCUUCAACUGCACUUCCCUCAGCUUUUCAAAGCUAAAGAAAGAGAGUGAUGAUCUUCAUGCUAAUGCUUCUCGAAUGGAUGGAGAGAGAUCAAGAAGUCUUGCGGGCCUGCUGCACUCCGCCACCGACCACACAGAUCGUCUGUUUGGGAAUGACGUGAGGACUGCCUACCAUCUGCUGGCCAGUGUAUUAGAGCAUGAGAGUCUGCAGCAGGGCUUUGAGCUCACCGCCACUCAUGAUGCUGAUUUCAACAAGAACAUCAUUAAAGCUGGAAGUGCUAUCCUUGACCCUGUCAACAAGGAGCACUGGGAGAAGAUACAACGCUCUGAUAGCGGGACGGCACAUCUGCUGCACCACUUUGAGGAGUAUGCCAACACUCUGGUACAGAACACGAGAAAGACCUACCUGAGGCCCUUUACCAUCAUCACUGACAACAUGAUUGUUGCGUUGGAUUUUCUGGACUCCACUGUAAACCAAGACAAGAUUCCUCGAUUUCAGGAAGUUAAGGAGGUGUACUCAAAAGAUCUAGAGUCAUCUGUUGUGUUCCCAAGCCUGCUCGCCAUGGCGAAAAAGUACAAAGAUGCUUUUACCACAGAGCCUCCAGCCCAGAUUGAACCAACUGAAUCUUACAUCAGUUUGGAUGGAUCAGAUACUAUUGAUCUAACACCAUCCAUUAAGAAAAGACGCCAUGCAGAACAACCCGAUCCACCUGCUGUUGUGAUGGUGAUGAUCUACAGGUCUCUGGGGCGACUACUUCCAGAGAGUUAUGAUCCGGACCGCCGUAGUCUUAGACUGCCCACUCGUCCUGUCAUCAACACACCUGUAGUGAGCAUUGUGGUCCACAGGGAUGGAGAACCUCUCUCCACCCCACUCCAAAGACCCAUCACGCUGAACUUCAGGCUCCUGGAGACCCACGAGAGGACCAAACCCGCGUGCGUUUACUGGAACCACUCCAUCCCAGUUUCUGGUGGAGGCGCCUGGUCUUCUAAAGGCUGCGAGCUGGUCUUCAGGAACUUGACUCAUAUCAGCUGCCAGUGCAACCACAUGACCAGCUUUGCUGUUCUCAUGGACAUCUCCAAACGAGAGCAUGGUGAUGUUCUUCCUCUAAAAGUGGUGACCUACACAACAGUGUCUGCCUCUCUGGUUGCCCUCCUCAUUACCUUCCUCCUGCUGGCCAUUCUUCGCAAGCUGCGCUCUAACCUACACAGCAUCCACAAGAACCUGGUGGCCGCCAUCUUCCUCUCUGAGCUCAUCUUCCUCACUGGCAUCAAUCAGACCGACAGUCCGUUUGUAUGUACAGUUGUGGCCAUUCUGCUACAUUAUUCGUACAUGUGCGCAUUUGCCUGGAUGUUUGUGGAGGGGCUGCAUAUCUAUCGCAUGCUGACAGAGAUGCGUAACAUCAACCAGGGGCACAUGCGCUUCUACUACGCCAUCGGCUGGGGGAUUCCUGCUAUUAUCACUGGUCUGGCUGUGGGAUUGGAUCCUCAAGGUUAUGGAAACCCCGACUUCUGCUGGCUCUCUGUUUAUGACACUCUUAUCUGGAGCAUCACAGGACCAAUCUCCAUAGUAGUGCUGAUAAAUAUAGUUCUAAUUGUGCUGGCGGGCAAAGCCGCAUGUGGACGGCGUCAGCGAACAGAAAAGUCAGGGGCAAUCUCUGCUCUGCGAGUAGCCUUUCUCCUCCUGUUGCUCAUCAGUGCCACCUGGCUGCUGGGUCUCAUGGCUGUCAACAGUGAUGUGCUGACCUUCCACUACCUCUUUGCCAUCCUCAGCUGCUUACAGGGAAUUUGCAUCUUUUUUUUCCACUGUAUUCUCAACAAAGACGUGAGGAGGAACUUGAAAAGUGUCUUUACAGGGAAGAAAGUUCCAGUUGACGAUCCCAGUACAACACGGGCAACAUUACUCACACGUUCUCUGAAUGGUGACGUCUACACAGAGGAUGGAGGUCUGUACCGGACCACCAUUGGAGAGUCCACUGUAUCUCUAGAGAGCUCUGUUAGAUCGGGCAAGAGUCACGGCAGCAGCUACCUUGUUUCCACACUCAGGGAGAAGAAACGCAGCAUAUCGUCCAAUGGUGGAAAUGUGGGGCAUAAUGAAGGAGACUCAUCCCUCUUUUUCCACAAGAGUAAAAAGGCAGAAGACUCAGAUUCAGACAGUGAGCUCUCAGUGGAUGAACACAGCAGCUCCUAUGCUUCCUCCCACUCUUCGGACAGUGAAGAUGAAGCCAGACAUUCCAGGACCAAAUGGAAUAAUGAGAGAACGCCCAUCCACAGCACUCCUAAAGUUGAUGCCGUGUCUGGUCAAGGGAAGCCAUACUGGCCGGAGGAGCCGCCCACAGCCAGUGAAAGCGAGGAUCCGCAUGGUCCAGAGAAACUGCGGGUGGAAACGAAAGUGAAUGUGGAGCUUCAUCAAGGGAAUAAAUUAAAUCACAAUGGAGAUGUGUCUCAAAGUGAGAGUUCACCCAGUCAGCCAAACAGCAACCAGUUACCCAGAAGAGGCAUUUUAAAGAACAAAAUCACAUAUCCACCCCCACUGACGGACAAGAACAUGAAGAACCGCUUGAGGGAGAAGCUCAGCGACUACAACCCACCCCAGAUCCCCCGAAAGACUCCAUCGGUGGGCUCAAACGAGGGGGUUCGCUCAGGAACCGAGGCCAACAGCAUCAUCAUCAAACCCCCUCCAUUAUCACCCCAGUCUGCACUGAACGGCAUCACCGUGGAGCUGAGCACGAGUCCCGUCACCCUGGCAGACGAAGACUUUGAUUCUGAUGGCAGCAAUGAAACAUCAAUAUGAAUCUUCGUGAAGGAUGCUGAAUGAACUGGAACGGGUCUGAACCAGUUUCUGUGUCCCCACUAGUAUUAAAGCACAACAAAAAUGGUCCUGCUCUGAAGUUGUUUUUAGUAUUUAUAAACGUUCGUUUUAUACAAAUGGAUGCUAGCUGUCCCAGAAAGUGCUACAUUGUCCAAAUUGAUCUGGACGAGGACAGAAACGUUUUCUGACGCCAAAAUGGAUAAAGCUGAUCUGAUCUGGAGUUACAGCAAAAGACUUUGAUAUUAAUUAGCAUUUGUACAGUUCAGAAUUCAUCAGUCAUAAACACAUGACUUAUGACAUGUAAGUAAUGUUUAUAGUUACAUUUUGUAUUUUAGAUGUGUAAUAGGGUUAUUUGUAAAAUUGUAAAUUAGGAUUUCACCGUGAUGCCAAUACUGAGUAUUUAUGUUUACUGUGGUAUUUUUUACAGCACUGUUUUGAAUGUUUAUUUUGUGAUUUUUUUUAAAUACGGUGCAUUGUUAAGCAGAUGUAGCUCAAUUUGUUGUUUUCUUUCCCCCAGACGAAUUAUUAGUAAGAUGUCCAUCAUACACACUGUCUGUCAUUGGGUUCAAUGGGCAUUUGUGUUUUACAGUAAUUACCUCUGACAGUAUUUUUUCGCUUGUGUUCAGCAUGCCUUAAUGUCUCUGCCAGUGCUGUACAGAGAAAAACAGUGUUUUGUUUCAUUUGCUCUGCAUCUAAUUUACCAACAGAGAAUCUAAAGAUUCCUAAAGUGCCUGUCGACUAUUUUAUAGCUCUGCCAAACCUUUGUGUAAAUAGUAUAGACUGAGAAAUUCAGGGAGCCGUUGUUUUGUUUUUACUCAUGUUAAAGGUCAAUCUAUGUGAAAGUGAUGUCAGGUCAGUAACUAUGUAAUCUUUAAUAGUUUAUAGAAGCAUUUAUUGAUUUGUAGUCCUUAUGUGAACACACAUUAUCACAUGAAAUAGAUUAAAUGUGUAUCCAUGAAAUACCUCCAUUACUUGUCAAAGCUCGUAGAUAUUAGAUACCAGCAUGUAAAAUAAGGUAUUUAUAUUCUUACUAUUCGCACUGAUAAUACAUUUGAACAUUGUAAAUAAAUGAAUUUUAAAAAUGUAAUUCAAAACUCUGUAGGAUCUUGUAUCUUUUUUU